CGCGCCUCCGACUCCGCUGUCCUCCCGGGAUCGGCUUGCGGGGGACCCUCCGCGCAGACGCCAUGGAGUUGGUGUUGAUUUUUCUCUGCGGCCUGCUGGCCCCCACUGUCCUGGCCAGUGCAGCUGAGAAGGAGAAAGAAAAGGAUCCUUUUCAUUAUGACUACCAGACCCUGAGGAUCGGCGGACUGGUGUUUGCUGUGAUCCUGUUCUCCGUUGGGAUUCUCCUGAUCCUUAGUCGCAGGUGCAAAUGCAGUUUCAAUCAGAAGCCCCGGGUACCGGGGGACGAGGAGGCCCAGGUGGAGAAUCUCAUCACCACUAACGCCGCUGAGCCCCAGAAGGCGGAGAACUGAGUGCAGCCUCCGGCGGGAAGCCUCCAGAACCUGCGGCCAGCCAUCUGGAGAAGAGCUGUGUGUCCCCCGUGCCUCUCCCGUCCCCGCCCAGCCUGCUCACCCCGUGCCGUGUCUGUGUUCGUCCCUGUGUCUGCUGCCUGUGGUCUUUGUGGCUACGUGUUUGUGGGUGGUUUUGUAUUCGUGGACCGUGCUCCCUCCCCCCACGUCCUCCGGGCAGGAGCUACACCAUGCCGCCA